UAGCGCAGGCGCCUGUGCGUCACUUCCGGAGCGGCCCUCUCCUUCCGGGUCUCGGCCGCUCGCGCGAGAGGAGCGAGGGCCAAUGGGCGCGCGGGGGCAGAGGCGCAGGGCAGGGCCGGCCGCUGCUGCUGCGACUGCCAUGAAGGAGGACAAGGAGAACGCCAGGCCCAAGGAGAAGCGGGGCGGGCCUCCCGUCGCGGCCGGGCUCGGGCUGGCAGCGGCGCUGGCCGGGGCGGACGCCAAGGGCGGCGGGGAGCCUGACAGGCUGGAGCGGCCCAAGGACAAGAAGGAGACGCUCAGCAAGGUAGUGAUUCGCCGAUUACCUCCCAGCUUGACCAAGGAGCAGCUUGAAGAACAUCUUCAGCCUUUACCUGACCACGACUACUUUGAAUUCUUUGCUAAUGAUUCCAGUUUGUACCCUCACAUGUUUUCCAGAGCAUACAUCAACUUUAAAAACCAAGAGGACAUAGUUCUAUUCAGGGAUCGCUUUGAUGGUUAUGUUUUUGUUGAUCACAAAGGUCUAGAAUAUCCUGCCGUAGUGGAAUUUGCACCAUUUCAAAAAGCUGCCAAAAAGAAGAAUAAGAAAAAGGAUGCCAAAGCUGGGACCAUUGAAGAUGAUCCAGAGUAUAAGAAGUUUUUGGAAAGCUACAGUGCUGAUGAUGAAAAAUUAACUUCCACUCCUGAGACUUUACUAGAGGAAAUAGAGGCAAGAAACAAAGAAUUAAUAGCCAAAAAGACAACUCCUUUGUUGAACUUUUUGAAGAACAAACAGAGGCUGAGGGAAGAAAAACGAGAGGAGAGGCGGCGGCGAGAACUAGAGAGAAAAAGGCAAAGGGAAGAAGAGCGAAGAAAAUGGAAAGAGGAAGAAAGGAGAAAAAGGAAAGAAGCUGAAAAAACAAAAAGAGUGGAGAGGUGUCCAGAGAAAGAAAGAGACCGAUCAAAGGAUGAACCAAAGAUUAAGAAGCCAGAAAAAGAUGAAAGAGACUUUGAAAAAAAGGAAAAGGCCAAGAAACUGGAGAAAGACAGUCUGAGGGAGGAAAAGGCUGCCAGUGCAAUCAGCAGUGCCCCCGCCAAGCGCUCUGAUGGGGAGAUUAAAGAGGAGAAGGCCAAAAAGUUAGUGUUCUCUUUGCAACUGGAAGAUGACUGUGGAAAAGAUUACAGGGAAAGGGAAAGAGACUAUGACAGAGACAGAGAGUAUGAGAGAAUCCAGCAUGAGAGAGACAAAGUCAGGCGCCAAGAGGAAGAGCGCCGGAAGCAGAAAGAGCGCUUUGAGAAGGAGAAGGUGUUCCGGAGAAAAGACGACGAUGUGAAAAAGGAGAGAGACGCCUUGCGAGAGAAAGGAAAGAGAGCUGAACUGGCAGACUACAUCGGCAACACGGAGAAAUCCGAGAGGCUCACCAAAGAGGAUAAAAAAGAAGAGAUGGCGAAGAGGGAUCGCAUCAGAAACAAGGAUCGCCCAGCAAUGCAACUUUACCAACCAGGGGCUCGGGGCCGAAGUCGUCUCUCUGCAUACGAUGAAAGCUCCCCAAAGUCCCCUGACCAAGUAGCAGAGAAGAAGCUGGAGUGUGAGACCAGUAAUGCAAAAAAGGAAGAGUGAUGAUCAGCCUUGUGUGUCCUGACUGACCUAGCAGCCAAAGAGCAUGAACUGCACAGUCCAGAAGUGCCUUGGAGAAGGAAGAGGAGGAGGAGGAGGAAAAGGGGGUGUGGGACUUUUGGAUGUGCCUGGUUUCAGAGCCAAUACUUGGAUUGUAUUUUCUCAAUACAUUUUCAGUUGGGGGUGUGGGGGCAUGUCGUGACCGCAAACUGCAAGCAGGGAGGAAACGUCCCCGUUCAGGCAACGCUUGUCACCCUUAAACAAGUCAAGUCACGAAUAGCCUCUCAAAACCAGGGCUAUCUUUGAAUUCAUGGCCAUGAACCAGUAUUUGCACUUAAAAUGCAGCCAUCUUGGAGCCUCAGGGUUGCUGACGUGUGGCGGUCUCUAUCAUUGUGCUGUGUGGAGUUUGGCUCUGUGGUCUGCAUAACUAACUGAAGAGGGAGGGGGAAGCCCAGUGUUAGUCGAGCACUGAGAGGCUUUUCAUCUCUGGUGCUGCUGAGAGCUGGUUGCAAAGUGGAUUUUCAGGGGAAGGGGAGCAGGCUACACCUCUUGUUUGACUGAAGAAAUGUAUGGCCUGAAUGAAAUGGUUUUAUUUUUUUAUCACAUCUCAUGUAAUCGCCAGAUAUGGGUACAACUUUAUUUUAAAGGUAGCUGUCUAGUUCUUACCUCUUCCAGCUUUUCCCCUUAUAUUUUCCCCAGUGCCUAUAGGGAAAGUGUUCCCUUUCCCCCCCACGCAGUAGAGAGUCUGGCAACCUGGUCUGGCAAGAGAAGUUUACUAAGUUGUGGCUCCUCCCUAUGCUAACACAACACAGCUAUUUUGUACUUAAUAAACUCUGUGAGAUAUCGUUUAAAAACUGCUGGAGUUGGGGUUUUUGUGUGUAAUGAAUAGAUUUCCCCCUGA